CUUCCGCACCUCACCUCCAUCCUGGCUAAGUAACUCGCCCCUCUCUCUCUCUCUCUCUCUCUCUCUCUCUCUCUCUCUCUUUUUCUCUCUCUCCGUCGACGAACCAUGGCGAAGCCGUUCCUCAUUCUCCUGAUUUCCUUCUCUUUUCUGGCAUUCCUCUCCGAAUCUAAGCUUUCCUACAACUACUACGACAAAUCCUGUCCAAGAUUCGCUCAAAUCAUGCAAGAAACCAUUACAAACAAGCAAAUUACCAGCCCAACCACCGCCGCCGGAACUCUACGCCUCUUCUUCCAUGAUUGUAUCCUCAAUGGCUGUGACGCUUCCAUCCUCGUCUCCUCUACUCCUUUUAACUCUGCCGAGCGUGAUGCCGACAUCAACCUCUCCCUUCCCGGUGACGCCUUCGAUCUCGUCACUCGUGCUAAGACUGCCCUCGAGCUUUCUUGUCCCAACACCGUUUCCUGCGCAGAUAUUCUCGCCGUUGCCACCCGUGAUCUCGUCACUAUGGUUGGUGGUCCUUACUACAAUGUUCUCCUCGGCCGCAAAGAUUAUCGCACCUCUAAGUCCUCUUAUGUAGAUGGAAAUCUGCCCAAACCCACCAUGUCCAUGUCGCAAAUCAUUAACAUCUUUGCUUCCAAAGGUUUCAGUAUUCAAGAAAUGGUGGCGUUGAGCGGCGCUCACACUAUAGGCUUCUCUCACUGCAACGAGUUCACCAGUUACAUCUACAAUGAUACCCAUUACAAUCCUAGAUUUGCUCAGGGGCUGCAAAGAGCCUGUGCUGAUUAUCACAAGAAUCCAGCUUUGUCUGUCUUCAAUGAUAUAAUGACCCCAAACAAGUUCGACAACAUGUAUUUCCAGAAUUUGCCUAGAGGGUUGGGGCUAUUGGAGUCAGAUCAUGGGUUGUAUAACGAUCCAAGGGCCAGGCCUUUUGUGGAGAUGUACGCCAAGGAUCAGAACAAGUUCUUUCAGGAUUUUGCAAGAGCAAUGCAGAAGCUUAGUGUUUAUGGCGUGAAGACAGGAAGGAGAGGUGAGAUUAGGCGCAGGUGUGAUGCUAUCAACUGAAAAUUUGAAAUUUCUUUUAUUUAUUUUUAUUGUUUAUGAUUGAGGCAAGAGAAGAGAUAAUGGGUGAUCGUGAUGGAGAUGGAAGAUAUUAUUAUUAUUUUUUGUAUUAAUUCUUUGGGUCGUGAGUUGUGAGGAUCUGAAAGUAUACAAUCUUCGUCUGGACCAAUCUUGAUAUGAAGCUUGAAUUAUACAUAUUCUGUUUAGUUGCGCUUUCUUGAGAAAA